AUGUUUGUUGUCUCACUUCAUCGGUGAUCCUCCCACUUAUAAGAACUCAUAAUAUAGUAAACAAAUACGCGAUAGAUGAUCGCCUUAAAUUUGAUUUAUACAUUUCAGUUCAGUAUCAACCCAGAUCUCAUUUCAUUACUACAUCACAGCUCGUAAUUAAUUCCAGUUAUAAAUUAAUUGUACCAUAUUCGUCUAUUCAAUAUUAGUUUUCAUGUACAAAAGACUGAAAAUUAUCAAAAUUCCGUCAGUAAUUAAAAAUAAACAUCAUUGAUGACGAACUAGGAUAAUAGAGAAAAUAUGACGAUCAGAGAUUUUGAGAUUAAACGGAAGUAUUUAAAUAUGUAUAUUUAAAUUACAUACAAUAGUGUUAUAAUUUGAACAAUUGAACAAUCGAAACGGAAAUUGAACUCAAAUGUAUGAAUCGACCUUAAGUCUUUCGGUUUUUUUUUUGCAUUGCAGAAAGAUGCCCGAUAAACUUACUAUCGAUGACUUUCCUGUUUUAAAGUCAAAACAUGUUUAUAUCAAGGAUACAAAAGCUACGAUAAAUAUUAUUAAUAUUAUGCUGCGUGAUGGAGCAGACCAUCUACAGAUUGUCACAGAUUUUGACUUAACAUUGACCAAACAACAUGUUGAUGGAAAAUUGGUACUUAGCAGCUUCGGUUUAUUUGGAAAAUGUAAUCAAUUACCAUCUGCGUAUAUGAAUGAGUCUAGACGAUUAUAUCACAAAUACAGACCUAUAGAAAUUGAUCCAGAUUUACCUUUAAAAGAAAAAAUAGAAGCUAUGAGCGAUUGGAUGAUAGCUGCUGAAAAAUUGUUAAAAGGAAUAGAAUUUGAUCCAAAAGAAUUGUCUGAAGUUGCAGAAAAAUAUGGUACACCUUUACGUGAUGGUACCAAAGAACUUUUGGAAAAGUUAUAUGAGGCUAACAUACCAGUUCUUGUAUUUAGUGCUGGUUUAGGAGAUGUUGUAGAAGCUGUUUUAAAAUGUCAUAAAGUUUUCUUUAAUAAUGUUAAAAUUAUAUCGAAUUUUCUUAAAUAUAAUGGUAACAAAAUAGAUGGAUUCAAAAACAAAAAACUAAUACAUGUUUUUAAUAAAAAUGAACAUGCUCUUGAGCAAGAAUAUUUUAAAGUUAUUGAAGGAAGACGACAUGUAUUACUAAUGGGUGAUACAACUGGAGAUGCAAGUAUGGUUAAUGGUAUGGAUGACACAAUAGCAGUAUUAAAAAUUGGAUUUUUGUAUGACAAAGCAGAAGAAAAUCUGGCUAAUUAUAUGAAGGAGUUCGAUAUCGUAUUAGUGGAUGAUCAAACAAUGCAAGUGGCAACAGAAAUAUUAAGAACUAUAUUAAAAUAAUUAUAUUAAGAUUUAGAAAUUAUUUAUAAUUUUUUUUUCUUGCAAAGAACAAGAGUUUACAUAAAAACAGUGUACAAAAGUUUUUGUAUUGAGUAUGUUCCACGCAGGGUGUGAAGCCCAAGUAUUCACUUAUUAAAUACUUUAUUAUAUAUAUUUUAAUGUAUUUACGUUUAACUAAAGAUUUUAUAAACUUUAAAAGAAUUAAUUAUCAUUAUUCUGUCGCAUUGACUUACCAGUUGACAAAAAUCAUGCUGUCUUCAUAAAUUAAAGAUAUUGACAUUUUGAUGAACUUUUAGUCUUACUGCUUUGGAGUAUCAUGCGACUUUUUUUAUUGUGUGUAAAACGUUAUAUUUUAAAUUAAGUUUUAUGUAAGUUUUAAUUUGGUAUAAAAAAAAUUGUUCAAUAUUUGAGAAUUAAUAGUUUUUUUACAUUU